AUGUCCUCCAUUGUUGGUGAUCCCUUGGCCAAACAAAGCAAUGAAAAACAACAGCAGCAGCAACAGAAUGUACAUGAAAAUGUGCAACGUAAACCAAUAUCAAUGUGUGAACACUUUGACUCAGAACUUCCUCUCUUGGUCUCAAGAUCUUUCACGGGGACAGAACGGGCACCUCGUGUUCGAAGAAGACAACGCCAGCUGCCAUACCAAGUGGUUUUUGAGAUGCACAUUUGGUGGGGUUUCGAGAAGCAUAUGAGUAAUGAUAGGACUAUUAUCACCGAGAUCAUUGAUAUAAAGCCUGUAAUGCAACGAGAAGGGAAAAGAAUAGGUAUUGAACUUGCAUUAACUUUGGCCGGCAGCAUGUAG